AGUUGUCAGUGGGUCUCGAGAUGCCACCCUGAGAGUUUGGGACAUAGAAACAGGCCAGUGUUUACAUGUUCUGAUGGGUCAUGUAGCUGCAGUCCGAUGUGUACAAUAUGAUGGCAGGAGGGUUGUUAGUGGAGCUUAUGAUUUCAUGGUCAAAGUUUGGGAUCCAGAAACUGAAACCUGUCUACACACCUUGCAAGGGCAUACUAAUAGAGUCUAUUCAUUACAGUUUGAUGGUAUCCAUGUGGUGAGUGGAUCUCUUGACACUUCAAUCCGAGUUUGGGAUGUGGAAACAGGAAAUUGCAUUCACACAUUAACAGGUCACCAGUCAUUAACAAGUGGAAUGGAACUCAAAGACAACAUUCUUGUGUCUGGAAAUGCAGAUUCUACCGUCAAAAUCUGGGAUAUCAAAACAGGACAGUGUUUACAGACGUUACAAGGUCCCAACAAGCAUCAGAGUGCUGUGACCUGUUUACAGUUCAACAAGAACUUUGUAAUUACCAGCUCAGAUGAUGGGACUGUAAAAUUAUGGGACUUAAAAACGGGUGAAUUUAUCCGAAAUCUAGUUACAUUGGAAAGUGGAGGAAGUGGAGGUGUUGUAUGGCGGAUCAGAGCCUCCAACACAAAGCUAGUGUGUGCAGUUGGAAGUCGGAAUGGGACUGAGGAAACCAAGCUGCUGGUAUUGGACUUUGAUGUGGAUAUAAAGUGAAGCUUGAAAAGAUUAUUUUGUCCAGAAAUGCAAAUGAUGUUCUUGUCCUUUCUCCCUCCCUCUACAAAAAGGAAAAAAAAAACAACCCUUGUCCUUGGUGGUGCAGGAUGUUGGCUUGGGGCAACAGAUCCUAAAGACCUACAGGCUACAAAAGAGAAGACACAAAAUUGAAAACUGUAACUGACAAAAGAGGCAUUUGCUUUUCUCUUUACAUCAAAGACUUCACCUUGGAAAGGGCCAGCUUUGCAAAAUGUGACUUUCUGUAUCAAGCCAGGUGCAAUUAUUUCUUUUCUGUUUUCCUCUCAAUGAUCACUGAGCUUUGUUGAGAUGUAGAAGUUGUUACAAUUCUUGUUAAUCCUGUUCUUUUACUCUACCUUAUUCUAGAAAGGAGAUUCAUAUCUCCAUUAUCAGUUAUUGUCUUUCAAACAAGGCAGCAUCUGGAAAAGCAGAGUCCUUUAUGUGUGGAAAAGCUAAACUUACUGUGAAUUGUUUUGUACAGUUUUACAGCUUUUUUUUUGCCAACCAUUGCCAAUGUCAAUCACAGUAUUAGUCUUCGUUGAUCUCUUUUACUCUUGCUUCCAUCUAUGUUCUUCAAUGCAUAAGUUACUCUGAGGUGGCAAAUUGUCCUGGAUUUGAAGAUUUCUCAGAUGGAUUUAAUAUAUGAUGCUGGUGCUAGAAGUAGGUCUUCAAUUAUGGGAUUGUUGUCCCAGCCCUGUACUGUAUUCCCAGUGGCCAAACUUAUUUAUGCUGCUAAAUGAAAGGAAAAAAAAAUAUUUUUAUUUUUUUUCUGCUGUGACGUUUUAGUCCCAGACUGAAUUCCAAAUUUGCUCUAGUUUGGUUACAGAGAAGAGACUUUUUUGCCACUGAAACUUGAGCCAACUGUGCCUCUAAGAGGCUGUGAAUGGAAAAGUUUCAGACAAUUUAGAGUGAAGUUUGCUUGCAAGUAAAGAGAGUGUGUGCAACGCUUAUUUUCUUUUUUCUUUUUUAUUUUAUUCUUCUUUUUUUCUGGGCAAAAAUUAAAUACAUUCCUUAGAACAAAGCUCUUGCAGCCUGUUCUGUGGGGAAGUUUCUUUGUGAGGGCUGUGGUGAAUGGAAUAAACAGACACAAAACUGACAAUAUAUUUCAAAAAUGAAAACAAAAUUGCUGGUCGGUUGUAGUGUUUUACAGAAUUUGAGAAUAGCUGUUACAGUUGGGUGAGUAACUGACAAAGCAAAAAUGCUUCAGUUUUUCUGUUAAAGUUGUCAUAUAAAAAAGAAUGCAAUUGUCAAAUUGAUUUGCCUCAUUCUCCAAGAGCCACAACUCAAGUUGAACUGUGAAAGUGGUUUAACACUGUAUCCUAGCUGAUCUUUUUUUUCCUCCUUUUUUGGUUUAUUUAUAGUCUGUUUCUUUUAAAGAAAUCAGAUUUCAAUUUGUUAAUUUUAGAUAUGUAACAACCUGACAGGAUGGAGGAAAAACCUUUAAAGGGAUUGUGUCUAUGAUUUGAUUCACUUAGAAAUUUUAUUUUCUUAUAAAUUAAGUGCAAUAAAAUGUGUUUUUUUCAUGUUAAAAA